AAACGGCGCUGCGUGUCUCACAGUGUAGCGUGCUGGAAAGCUGGAGACGGAGCUGAGCGGAGCUGUGGAGGAGGAGGACCCGCUGUCUUUUUCUCUACACGUUUUCUCUACGCGUUUUCUACACGAAGCUACACGUGCAGUUGUGUUAUUUCGUUGUUGUUAUUAUUAUUCUUAAUACGAAUUUUCUUUAUUAUUUCAUUUGUUUUAAAGCCUAUUUUAAGAGGAAAAAGGAGGACAAAACGUGAGAGGGGGAAACAAGAAAAUAAGGACUGGGGACGAUUUUAUUGGACGUUUGGAUUGAUUGGAGAUCCAGAAGAUUCAGAAGCUGAAGGAGAUAAGUCUGCAAAGUCUUCAGAGACUAAUGCCUAGCCUGGGCUGCACUUUCAGAUCUGACAGUGCUGGUGUGAGUGGGACCCUCUUUGGACAGAGUUGAGGGGCAGCAGAAGUUACUGUGGGUUCAUGAAAGGUGGAACCAACACCAGCAGCAUCAGCAGGAGCAGUACUUACUCGUGCGUCCCCAGUGUAGUGAAAGAGUAAAAGAAAGAAAAAUAAAGAAAAAGAGAGAGAGAAAGAGAAAUAGAGCAGCAUGUGUGGCUCUCUCUGACUUGAGCACGAGCAGAGCAGCCCCUCAUCCGCUACUUGAGACCGGGAUCCAGCUCCAGAGCACUUUCCACGGCUUUUUACCCCAACAUGGAUUUAUCUAGCAGACUGAGUGGAUGUUUACUGGUGUUGUGUUUAUCCUGGCUGGCUCGCGGAGAUGAGGAGAAAUGUGGCGGACAACGGGAUGCCAGCGACGCGGGCUACAUCACCACGCCUGGAUACCCGCAGGAGUACCCGCCUCACCAGGACUGCCGCUGGAUUAUCACAGCCCCUGAGCCGUCCCAGCGCAUCGUCCUCAACUUCAACCCCCACUUUGAGCUGGAGAAGCUUGACUGCAGAUAUGACUUCAUCGAGAUCCGCGAUGGCAGUUCGGAGUCCGCGGAUCUGCUGGGCAAGCACUGCAGCAACAUCGCCCCGGCCGCCAUCAUCUCGUCGGGCCCGGUCCUCCACAUCCGCUUUGUGUCAGACUACGCCCACCAGGGGGCGGGCUUCUCGCUGCGCUACGAGAUCCACAAGACAGGUUCAGACUGCUCCAGAAACUUCACCAGUCCAACAGGCGUGAUCGAAUCACCAGGCUUCCCGGACAAAUACCCUCACAACCUGGAGUGCACCUUCAUCAUCAUCGUCCCUCCCCACAUGGAUGUCACCCUCACCUUCCUCACCUUCGACCUGGAGAACGACCCCCUGCAGGGCUCGGAGGGCGAGUGCAAGUAUGACUGGCUGGAGGUGUGGGACGGCCUGCCACAGGUCGGACCCCUCAUUGGACGCCACUGCGGCACUAAGAUCCCUCCCGAGCUCCGGUCCUCCACCGGCAUCCUUUCGCUUACCUUCCACACGGAUAUGGCUGUGGCUAAAGACGGAUUCUCUGCCCGCUAUAAUAUGACAUUAAAGGAAGUCAGUGACAAUUUCCACUGUAGUAAUGCAUUCGGGAUGGAGUCAGGCCACAUCACGGAUGACCAGAUCACAGCCUCGUCUUCAUUCAGCGACGGCCGCUGGACUGCUCGCCAGGGUCGCCUCAACUACGGCGAGAACGCCUGGACGCCAGCUGAGGACAGCAACAAAGAGUAUAUACAGGUGGAUCUACACUUUCUGAAGGUUCUGACUGGCAUCGCCACCCAGGGUGCCAUCUCGAAGGAGACGCACAAGUCCUACUACGUUACCGCCUUCAAGCUGGAAGUCAGCACCAAUGGAGAGGACUGGAUGGUCUACCGCCACGGCAAGAACCACAAGGUUUUCCACGCCAACACAGACCCGUCAGAGGUGGUUCUGAACCGCAUCCCUCAGCCUGUCCUGGCCCGCUUUGUCCGCAUCAGGCCUCAGACCUGGAAGAAUGGGAUCGCGCUGCGUUUUGAGCUCUAUGGCUGCCAGAUCACAGAUGCUCCAUGUUCCGAGAUGCAGGGCAUGCUCUCGGGUCUGUUGCCCGAUUCCCAAAUCACCGCCUCCUCCAUGCGGGACAUCCACGGCUCUACAGGUGCAGCCCGCCUGGUGGCCAGCCGCUCUGGAUGGUUCCCCAGCCCUGCGCAGCCUGUGGCCGGCGAGGAAUGGUUGCAGGUGGACCUCGUCAUCCCCAAGACUGUGAGGGGCAUCAUCACGCAGGGCGCCCGCUUAGUGGACGGUAGCAGCAGUGCGGAAAACCGCGCCUUCGUCAGGAAGUACCGGUUAGCGCACAGCAUGAACGGAAAAGACUGGACCUUCUUCAACGAUCCCAAGACCGGAAUGCCGAAGAUUUUCGAGGGAAACACGCACUACGACACUCCGGAGAUCCGAAGGUUCGAUGAGGUUGCGAGCCAGUAUAUCCGGGUGUAUCCGGAGAGGUGGUCGCCUGCUGGCAUUGGAAUGAGGCUGGAGAUCCUGGGCUGCGACCUACCAGAAUCUACUACUAUUCCUGAUACAGCCACCCCAACUACCCAGCAAGAAGAGACCAGCACAGCUCACAGAGCAGCACUCCCUACCACGCUGUCAUCUCUGGGCGGUUUGUGCGACUUUGAGCAGAAUAUGUGCGGCUGGACUCAUGACCCUACGGCUGACCUGAACUGGGCUCUGCGUAGUGCACCCAGUACCAGUUUGGACAUGCUUCUUGGAGUUGAAGAUUACGGCAAUUUCCUGUACCUGGAGGCAAAUCCCAAGACAGAGCAUAAGCGGGCCAGGCUGCUGAGCCCACCGGUGGCUCCUGAGAGAGGACCACUCUGCCUGCUCUUCCUCUAUCAACUCACAGGCGAGGCUCAAGGAAGUCUCAGGGUUUUAAUCCGAGACCACGACCACGAGGAAACUCUGCUGUGGACCCUGAGAGGAGAGCAGGGCCACAAGUGGAGAGAAGGACGUACGAUUCUGCCUCAGUCACCUAAAGAGUACCAGGUUGUCAUCGAGGGCUUCUUCGAACACGGCAGCCGAGGCCACAUCUGGAUCGACAACAUCCACAUGAGCACCAGCACGGAGCUGGAACAGUGCACUCAACCUUUCCCUGCCUUCCCGCCAGAGAUGACCGGGGGAGCGCUACCUGGCAGGAGUGACCCCACUGUGGACACUACAGUGUCUCUGCAGCCCAUGCCCACCUACUGGUAUUACGUUAUAGCCGGCGGGGGGGCGCUGUUGCUGCUGGCCUCCGUGGCGCUGGUCAUGGCGCUGUGCUGCCACCGGUACCACCUGGCCGCCAAGAAGAGCCAGCACUCGGUGGCCUUCCAGAGCACGCAGUACCCCAGCAGCGGCCUGGCGGGGCCCGGGGUGGAGCCCAUGCUGACCAUUAGACUAGACAAGCACGAGCCUUGCUCGCAGUGCUGAGGAGAGAGAAAGAGAGAGGGAGAGAGAUAAAGAGGUGGAGACUCUGACGAACCCUCGCUCACUAUUGUGCGCGCUCUUUCUCUCUCUCUUUCUGCCUCUUUCUGUCCAUUCUUCUGCGGAUUCGUCACUAAUCGAAACAGACCGCGCACAGAGACUCAGCGCGGUGUCCUUCAGGAAGGAUGUUUUUUGUAUUUUGGAGGACUGGGGGGUCUGCUGCUGCUGCUGCUGCUGCCGAUGGUGGAAAGAGGGUGGAGGAAUAAAAGGCAGCAGAGCCGGGGAUACGCUGCCCUCUUGAACUCUUUUGCGCUGCGCCGGCAGUUCCGGCUUUGCCGUUUGCUCACCGGAAAAGAGGAGACAAACUCAAUCCUGAGUGACAGGAAGCCACCUCUGUGUCUGUGUGAAAAUGUGUGUGUGAGUGUGAGAGAGAGAGAGACAGUCUCUCUUGAUGGGAACCUGACUUUGCAGGAUACUAAUCCCCUGCUCGUGACCAAUCCUAUUUCCCGGCGAGGAAGGGCUGCCAUCAUUGCCGCCAACAGAGAGACAAGAAUGAACGGAGAGAAAAAAAAAACAAAGAGAGAAGGGCAAAAGGAUACUACUCUGCGUCACAUGGGCCGCAUUUGCAUGUGGACUCGCACCCUCACACACGUUUCUGAUGUGAUAAAAGUGCAGUAAGCUUUGUUUAAAGAGAGGUCCCUCUUGAAACACAAAGUGUGAGCGAGAAAAAGAGAGAGAGAAAGAGAGAGAGCAAGUGAUACAAUGUAAGAGAUGCUACAUUCAGGCUAUAGCAGGCAGCAGUGCAACAAAUCUUUUAGGUGUUGGAAGGAAUCUUUCACAUGUGUGUCGGUAUGUGUGUGACUGUGUCUGUGUGUAUGAGUGUAUGAGAGAAAGUGUCAAUAUAGGCUCCAGUACCCCAGACCUUCAGCACUGACAAUGUUCCCAUUCCCUUCCUUCCUUUUCCAUCGAGCCCGUCUCCGUCCUGAAGAGUUUAUCAGAGAAGGAUGAUCUAUAACUGUCUGUUCAUGUGUAAAUUAAAAUUUUUGAUUUCCAUACCGCCCCAGGAGCGCUGUAGGAAUUGCUUCGGUACACUUUCAAACACGUUUCUCAACUUUUCUGCAAAAAGUCUCUCGAUCCUGCCUUAGCCAGACUACACCUCUGAGAAGCCCACGGUCGUUCGGUCGCAUCUUUAGCCUUAAAAACAUACAAGUGGCACAGGGCUGUUCAACCCCGGUCGCUAUGGAGCCUCGUUUUUCAGUGAUGAACUUUACUAAAUGUACUCUUUAUAUGCUACUUAUUUUCUGUAAUAUUUUUAUAUCCUACUUAAAAGGGGAAUUCCACUUAUCAGAAUUUCUGCAUAAAUGAAUAUGAAAUUUAUUCGGAUAUAAAUGAAGCUGUCUGAUCUGGAGUUCUACAGAAUUAUAUUAAACUUAUUUUUUUCACAGUGGUGGUGAUGGGAAAGAGUUUUUUUUUUUUUUUUUACCACACUAAAAGGUACACUAAAGGUGUUGGGGCACAUUUUCAUUUAUUGUUUUUUUUUUUUUUUUCAAAUUCAAAGGAAUUAAAAAGAUAUUAUUCUAAAUUUUUUGGAGUACUAGAUUUUAAAUGAUAAAUAGAUUUUAGAGACUAUUGCUGUGAGGGUGAUGCAAUAUACACAUCUGUUUCAGGAAUGGAUGCAACUUAUAGUGGGUGAAUGCAUUCCUUAGAAGGGGUGUCCAUAAACAUUUGAACAUACAGUGUACAUGCCUAGUAUUUUUUAAUGGCAAAUAGUUAUAAUUCUUAAAAGAAAACCAUUUCUUGUAUGUUUGUUUCCAGAUUUAUUUUUUUAAUAUUCUAAUUUGUAUUGUAUACGUUGCAUUGUAUACAUUGCAACCCACAGGUAGUGACACCACCACUGUAAAGAAAUUGAUCCCUCUGAUCUAAACCAUUUAGUUAUGCAGAAAGUUUGAGAAGUCUGUGGAAUUCCUGAUUUAAUUUGUCAUGGUUGCUACCUGAAAGGCUAAAUGAAAUGAAAUGCAUUUGCCAAUGACUGUUGCACUGAUUAAUGUGUCUGGCUUAUUCUGAAAGCCAGUGCUUAUGUUUUUCUUUACUGUUUCAUUUCUUUUACUGGUUUGAUGGUUUGCCUGCAAUGGGCUGUGUUUUUUAUUUCCUCCUACUCAUUGUUUUGUACGGGAGCAGAGAGUGGAAUUCAGGCAGGGAAUAUGUGGCUUUGCUGCUGUGCUUUACGGUUGACAGCGGUGGAGCUACGGCAUGUUUGAUAGCACUGCAGAGAGGGAGAAAUCUCUGUGGCUCCAUAUGUAUCAAAACCACACAGCACAGCAGUCCAACUUUCUGUCCUUACUCCACAUCUCCCUGGGUUCAAUCUGAUGGUUUCUUCUUGCGGUUCUUUACAAGUCUGAAUCUCAGAUAAUACAGAAUAUUUCUUUUGUACAGUUUUACUUGGAAAUGCAUUGAAAUUGCAUACUAGUCUUUAUAUAUGUGCGUAUGUAUGUGUGUACUGUAAUCUCAUGUACAUUCUGAAGCAUCUGAUUUACAGCUUGGCGUUUGUAUGUUUACCAUGGUUUAGACUUCUCAACCUGAUGAUGAACGCUGUUUUUUUAUUUUGAUUUUUUUCACACUUCAGUGCAAUUCAUUGUAACAUUGGAUUGUAAGAUCUAGUAUGGCCCAAGGAUCAUCAUCCCAUCAUCCAGGAAUGUACUGAUCUCACAUGUCUAGUGUGAAUCAUAAGGCUUCCAUAGUAUAUUGAACAAACACACAAUGCGGCCAAGAUACACAGCCUGGAGGGAGAUUCAUGGACAUUCCACCCAAGACCUCCAUAAACAUAUUGUUCCUUUUUAGCCAUAAAGAGUUUGAGCCGCCAUCCAUCAUUAAAAGAAAUGGGAAAAAAAAAUAACAGCAGCAGGCUGUCAGGCAGCCGCUUCAGGUUUUGGCAGCAUCCGAAGCGUUCGGGGAUUAAAGGAGAAAGCAAAUCCCACUAUCUUGUUAUGUCCUCCAUCUGGCAAUAGGUGAAAAUAAUCCUCCAUCAUGGAGACGCUGGCCAUUUUCUCCCCAUUAAUCUGCUCUUCACAAAAGAAUGUGUGGAGAGAUGGAAGGGGAGAUCAAAGCUAAAGGGGGGGCCGCUCUAAAGAUAGGCCCGCUCCGGUUCGGCCCGGAGUCUGAAGGGGUUUGUUUAAGAACACAAAAGCACAUGAAAGCCCCUCGCAGGCAGCCAGAGAAAGCACCUGACCUGGCAGACCCGUGACGAAGCUGCGAGCGAGAGGAGUAUUCUCUCACUCUCUCACACUGUUUUCUCUCUCUUUCUCUCUGUCUUUUUCUCCGUUCUCCAUUCUCAUCCUCUCCAACCCAAUCCCGCCAUACAGCACAUCCUUGUUAACUGAAUUAAAGCCGCGGUAAUGAAGCCCGGCUGCCUGUCAUGCACACUGCAGGCUCUCAUUAGAGCUAUUGUUGAAGACGUUUGGGUGGGUUUAAAGUUUAAAGUUAAAGUACAAUGACAUUUUUCAAUGAGAGCAGAGCGAAAAAAAAAAAAAACACUGGCCAAAAGCCUUCGUCAGGUAAGGGUUAAGUAUCUAUCUCGACUGUUUGCACUCCAGCCCCCUGUCUUCUUCUUUAUCUCUUUUUUAAGACAUUGCAAAUGCUGCUUCCCCUUUUGUAUACAGUAGUGUGCAGAAGAUUUUGGCACCUGUGAAAAAAUAUUCUAAUAUUAGAAUAAAUACAAAAAAAUAGAAUUCAAACAAGAAAUAGUGAUAUCCUUGCUAAAAAAAAAAAGUCAGAACCAAAAGCUCAAAGCCAGAUUUAGCUGGAAGCUUGUUUCAGGUGGUCUGAGCUGGUCUGUGGUGAUUAAGGAAGUUAAAAAAGGCUUGUCAUCUUGUCAUCUAGGCAAAAACAUAGUUAUGGUUACUCAGCUUGUGACCAGAAGAGUGUAUGUUGCAUGUGAUUUUGGCCAUGCUUGGUCCUGCUGGUAAUCUAGAUUGUCAAGGUUGUUUAUGAUAAUCAUGUUGAUCAAUCAGUGGUCAGUGGAACUCAGUGCUUUAUUAUGCAGAUUCAUUAUUAUAAUUAUUUUUCACUUAAAAUCAUUUUAUUUUCCCAAAAAUCGUCAGUGCGCCCUUAUGUAUGAACUUUACCAGUCAGGAAUUAAAGAGCAGUAAAGCCACUCCACUGAAGUGCAGCUUUAUACAGUAGUUUCAGUAAAGUAUCUCCAGUGCUGAGGCUGGAGCAGUAUUAGCAUUAGCCGCUAACCGCAGCGCUAGCUCCUUCAGCGUUCAGAGGUGAGUAGCCUGUUCAAUUACUCUGUUAAAACAAGCUACGCUGUUGACCACGGCUGACUAGCGCUGCUAACUGCGGCUAGCCCUCAUCUUUGGACAAAAUACUGCAAUUCUAAGCUUACUGUAAAUAAACGGAAGUGCUUUACUCACCCAAAUAGACAGUUUUCAGGAGAGAAAUCUGUGUAGAUUAACAUCCAGCACUCGACAUUAAAAGAAAAUGUUUUUUUUUUUGUUUUUUUUUUAAGAAUUGCAGUUAUUUUACAUAGGUGCUUCCCCCCACAAUGAAACCUGCUGAAUUAAAAGGAAAAAUAUAAUAUAAUAUAAUAUAAUAUAAUAUAUUAAAAAUAUAAUAUAAUAUAAUAUAAUAUAAUAUAAUAAUAUAAGUGCGCCUUAUAAUCCGAAAAAUAUGUUUAAAUAUAUAUAAUAUGUUUUAUUUGUUUUAAAUAAUGUGCUUAGGUGCCUAAAACAUCUUCACACUACUGUAUAAUGAUCAGUCACUCUGUAAUGAAUGUCCAGGUUAGAGAUCACCCUCUGGUCCUUCUCACUGCAACCUCCAGCAGCCCAUGGGUCUAUAUUGAUCAUUUAGUCCUUCACACACUCUACACACACUAUCUUUAUUCAUUCAGUGUAUUUAAUAUUCCUGCAGGAGUGUCAGAUUUAACUUGUCUUUUAUUUAUGAGUGCUUUCUUUCUGAAGGAAGCCGUUUUUCUUCAUUUAUUUAUUUCUUUCUUUUCUAUAAACUGAAAUGUUUGCAGAAAAAUAUGUAAUGGUCAUGCCUUUUGAGUGCUUUUAGAUCAACCUUGGCUGCCUCCUCUGAGAUUUCUUUGAAGCUCUUAAUAUUUCUAAUUAGAUAAUGUGUCUGAUUACGGUUUAUGAAGCCUGCCGUAAGCAUUCUUCCUUUCCUUUUGCCGUCCCUCAAAUAAUAUUAACGAGAAAAAGCACUUAAGAGGGCCCUUCAGCCUGAACAGCGGCCUCACAGAGCCAAGAGUCUGUCUCUCGGCUCACGCUCUCGGCUCAUGCUCUCGGCUCAUGCUUUCAGCCCACUCUGAGCUGGAGCCAGGAGGCAGCGGCUGAUUCUAAAUAGUUUUUUGUUCUACACGUGUUUAUUUGGUUCUUUAAGCAAAACCAUAUAAGAACCACUUUUGGCUUUGUAAUGAACCACAUUUGUUUGUAAUUUGUUUGAGAUUUGUAAGUGUGUAGAACCUUUAAAAAGGCGUAAUCAGGCUCCCAUCAGACCUAACAUCUCACAGUCUUAACAAUGAAGCCUCAUAAUAGGUUCCUGGAUUAAUAGAAAUACAUUUUUAGUGAGAAAAGUUAGAUUUUAUUUUGUACAAAACUUGAAUCUUAAAUAAAGUUAAUGUUCCUUAAUCUACAACCCUAUUUAUUUUUUAAAAUGUAUGUUCUGUAGUUUCAGGUAAAAGGUAUAACAUAUAAACAUAUAUAACUCUGCAGAACCAACCAUGGUUUUAUGGUUCAUGGUUUUUCCUCCUCUGGUAUGAUUAAAGAAAAUAUUCCAUCAGAAAAGUCAAGAUAUUUUAAUACCCAGUAAAUAAGGUUUAUAAAACAGUACAUUCAAGCCAAGAACCAUAUAUGAACCUUUAUUUUUUGUAUUUUUUAUGUCUAAUAGGGUUUUUUUUAAAAAGCUUCACUGGAUGCAAAAAUGAUUCACACACACAUUUCCUGUAGUAAAAAUUUAAUAAUUAAUUAAUAAUAACCAGAACACUCAAACAACCCUUUGUGUCACCUUUAAUUAAUUGUAAAAAUGUUUAGAAAACGUAUGUUUCAGAUUAUUUUGGUGUGAUUUUUUGAAAGUCAUAUUUGUGUUUAUUAUUAUUUUCUACAUGUUUUGAGAACCCUCCUUUGGUUCUUUUUUUUUUCGUGUUUACUGAACAAGAGCUAUGUAUCAAUGUGCAUCAUAUUGACUUUAUUUUCUGCUGCAGUUCCUGUUUUUUUUUUUUGGUGAAGGCUGGGAAAGUCUGUGACCGUGUGCACCCCGCGUUCUCUCUUCGUGUAUAUUGGGCCUUGACUGUGAUUGUCUGUUUAUGUGCCAUUUAUCAUACUGCACUUCAGCCUGUUUCAAAAGAUUUGAGGAAUAUUUUAGCCUGUUGAAUUUCAUGGUCUUGGAAAAACGUUGUGCGGAAUGUAUUAAUAAAGUGAUAUUUUUCUACA